AUGAAGAAAAAAGCUGUUUUAGCCGAUAGAAAAAAUGCCAACAAUAUUGCUGAUCUUAUUUCUUAUAUGGAGGCAGCUAAACCCAAGAUUUUAUUUCUGUGCAUUUCAUCACUGCAAGACAUUUUUGAAAAGUUCCUUGUCACAAAUGAGAUGAUGGUCGAACAUUCUUCUAAAUGUUCAAAUAAUGAAAAGACAUAUAAAUUAUGGUUGGUAGAGAAAUACAAAAAGUUUUGUCAUUCUCUAGUGGAUUUUUUACAGCAUGAUGAAAAGAACAUUGUAAAUAUGUCAUUACUUACUCUGAGCAAUUUCUUCAAAUUGGAGCAAGAAUAUUUUGCAUCUGACUCACCUUGUCAAGCUGUGUGGCCAAAUGUUGUUCAGAAAUUGCUUGACAAUUCUUCUGACAUCCAAUCGAUGCUUUUUCCUGUUUCUUUUAUAUUUGAAGAAUAUUCAGCACGUCACAUUUUUCUCACGUCUUUCUUGGAAAGCAUCCAUGCUAAAUUACCUCAACAGAUGUCCAAUACAUUUUUAAACAAUGCAUUUUGCUGUUUAGAAAUGGUUUCCACAGAAAUAAACAAAGUUUUGGUUUCUGAGCAAGAACAAUUGAGUGAAUCCACACAUAAGGAAAAAAAGUUGCUGAGUAGUUGUUGGUUAGAAUUUUUAAAGCAUCAGCUGCCAAUGAAUUUAUACAAGCGUGUGUUGGUGAUCAUUCCAGACAAAGUGAUUCCUUGCCUCACAAAUCCUUUGAAACUUUCAGAUUUCCUCACACAUUCUUACAGUAGAGGUGGAGUCAUCAGUCUUUUGGCUCUGAGUGGAAUUUUCAUCCUUAUUGACAAACAUAACUUAAAUUAUCCAGAGUUUUAUCCCAAGUUAUAUUCCCUCAUGAAUCCUUCUAUUUUCCACACAAAGUACAGAGCUCGAUUCUUCUACAAUUUAGAUCUCUUCCUAUCCUCCACCCAUCUCCCAGCUUACAUGACUUCAGCUUUCAUCAAAAAACUGUCCAAAAUUUCACUGCAUGCUCCACCACAUGGCCUUAUGAGUUGUGUCCCACUUAUCUACAAUCUUAUCAACAGACACAAAACAUGUAGAAUUCUCAUUGACAGAACAGAACAGCAGCGAUUUACAACUGACCCUUAUGAUCCAAAUGAGAAAGAUCUUAGUAAAUGUAAUGCAAUUGAAAGUAGUCUAUGGGAACUCAAAACUCUGCAGCAACACUACAGUCCAGCAGUUGCCCAAAAGUGCCAAAAGAUAGAUCAUUUGAGGAAUUCUCAAAUACCAAUUGCAGAAUUACUGGAAACUUCAGCAGAUGAUAUGUUUGGAAGAGAAUUGGAAUAUGGCCAGAAGAUUAAAGAUACACCAAUAAACUUAUUUCGACCACAAGGGAUUCUAAACAACCAAGAUAACAAAUUUUCAUUUUGGUGCAUGGAAUAA